UGUACUUUAUCUGUAAUAGUUAAACCAUCGAUUCGUCAGAUUCUUUUCACCUCGAAUAUCACCAUGCAUGUGGGGCGAUGAUUAUAAACAUUAUGGCCGUUCAAAUACAGCUAUGAAUUAUAUUUAUAUGUAUACACACAAGUGAUGGUACAAAACUAGCUCAUUAAAAACCUUGUGUAUAUAUAAAGUUUAGUAAACCUUAUCAUGGCAAACAAAACGACAUCAAUUCAGAACAAGUCAUACUAUUCUUCGGCGGGGAAGUUUAUUUGUAAACGUCAUUUCAACGCUGCCGUUGCCAAAAACCGAUUUCGUGAACACGCUGGAAAACGGGUCUAUAUUUUUAAAAAUUAGUCUCUUUCGUUUAGUCCAGAAUAUUUUGUUAUGAACAAUGUGCUUUGCACGAGCAUUAUUCAUAUAAUUUCAGUGAUCUGUCCAAUCCUGGACAAAGCUGUUUAGCUUGUCUAUAUAGAACAACCUAGCACCUUGCUCACAUACCAGAGCGUGCAAACAUGAUUUACAUUUCUAAUUACAAAGGUCACAAGACCUUUCAAGAUCAAGCCACAAACACUGUUAAUAUGUCAUAAAUGACCUUUUUAAUCGUGCUGCAUAAUAUACAAUAUAUGCUUGCUUUUGUAAGAGGAUAGAUAUUCUCAAAGGGUACUGAUAUUCUCGUGUUUUCAACUAUAUGAAGAGAGUUUGAGGAUUUAUAAGUUGUCAGCACUGCUAACUUGUGUAUAAUGAAUGAGGAAAACGCUGAGAAAGAGUCGAUUGGUCUGAGAAACGAAGGUGCUAUUCUCCUUGAGCAUCAAGUUCAACAUCCAGCUGAAGACGACGGGCAAAACAUGGCUUCGCCUUCGGUGAACGCAGAACCGACGAAGAACAAGAUGCGAGAUGGCAAGAGCGUUGUGGAUAUGGUGCUGGUUUAUGAAGUGCCUGAUCCUUCGACCCUGGACUCUGAAAAGGAGCAGCAAGAGGAAGAAGAUAAAAGAAAGAUUCGUGAUUUUUACAUCGAUGGUUUGAAAGCAGCUGACUUGGUUGUUGAGAUUGAUCAAUUAGUCGGUGCUAAAUCUGAGCCUGAGGAUGACAACGAAAACAAAAAAGACCCAACAGUAUAUUUCGUGAAGAUCCACGCUCCGUGGGAUGUUUGCACAAAAAUGGCGGAGGAAAUGUUCCUGAGAAUGCCUCUUCAAGAAUCAGACAUCAAGAUUAUGUCCACCUUGGAGACCUUGUUGGGAGAACAGCUUGUGGAAAGUAUUCGGGAGAAGAACCCAAUGGUAUAUGAUACAAAUAUUAUUCCUGACGACAAGAAAUACUUCACAGCUUAUUUUACCAAGGAACACGAGCGGCAGUUUCUUGGUGUGGAAAAUCAGGAAACUUUCUUCAGUCCGACGGACAGGAUUCGUAUGGUGGAACGAAUAAUGGGUCAGACGCCAUUCUCGGAAAAUAAAGAUCACGAUAUUGGGUUAGCAAAGCUCGUGUAUAGCAAAGCCUUCACAGGAACGUAUCCACUUCACGAUGGUCCGUGUGAGAUCCCCGAGGAUAGUGCACCUUCGAAUACUCGUCAAGCGUUGCGCUCUGAAUGGGCGAAAUUUGGGAAAUGGUACAAGUUCCAGCCUCUGGAUGCAAUCAAGGAUUACCUUGGGACUUCCAUAGGGUUAUAUUUCUCUUGGCUGGGCUACUACUGCACCAUGUUGGCACCAGUUGCUCUGAUUGGAUUCAUCGCGUUUCUUUAUGGCGUUAUUGACUCGGGUAGUUACCCUCCUGUUGUAGAUUGUAAAGAUAAAAAGAGUAAUUAUACCAUGUGUCCGCUCUGUGACAAGCAAUGUUGGUACUGGCUCCUGAGCGACACUUGCACCUACAUGCAAGUCGCACAUUUCUUCGACAACAAUUUCUCGAUUGCGUUCGCCUGCAUCAUGGCGAUUUGGUCCACGUUGUUCCUUGAAUUUUGGAAACGUCAGCAGAAUAUCUUGGCGUACAAAUGGCAUACCUGUGAUUUUGAGGAAGUCGAAGAACAGGUCCGCCCUGAGUACGCGGCUGUUGUGACGACCCUCAAAGAGAAUCCUGCUACAGGUCGUAUGGAACCCUACACUCCGAACAAAACCCUGUACAAGAAAUACGCUGGCGUCUUCAGUAUCGUUUUCUUCAUGAUAACACUCGUGAUCUUUGCCGUCAUCGCUGUUGUCGUGUAUCGUGCUGCGGUGUUUGCAGCUUCUGCAUCAAGUGAUGACAAAAAUGUACGGCAUAAUGCCAAAGUCAUAACCUCCAUGACCGCAGCUGUAAUCAACCUGAUCGCCAUUAAUUUGCUCAAGUUUCUUUACCAAUACGUCGCACUCUGGCUGACAAACUGGCAGAAUCCUCGAACACAAACGGACUGGGAAGAUAGUUACACCAUCAAAAUGUACAUUUAUCAAUUCGUAAACAUGUAUUCCUCCCUGUUUUACAUCGCUUUCUUCAAGAUUAACCUAUUCGUUGGCACCCCAGGACAUUAUCGGAGAGCCUUCGGUAAAUGGCGAUUGGACGGUUGUGGACCUCAGGGUUGUUUGGUUGAGUUGUGUAUUCAGCUGGUAAUCAUCAUGGUUGGACAACAAAUUAUCAGUAAUUUCACUGAAGUUAUGAUACCAUACCUGAUGAAAUUGUGGAACGAACGAAAGACUGAGAAGGCCAGUAUUACACAUCUCCCACAGUGGGAACAAGAUUACUUUCUGCCGGCAACAGAAGGGACAAUGUUUUGGGAGUAUCUUGAAGUUGUUUUGCAACUUGGUUUUGUGAUGAUGUUUGUCGCGGCCUUUCCGCUCGCUCCACUCUUUGCUUUCGCCAACGGGGUUCUGGAGAUCCGAGUUGACGCCAUCAAUUUCAUUCGCGAUCAGCGUCGUCCCAGUCCUAAAAUGGCAGAGGAUAUCGGGGCGUGGUAUCCAAUCAUUGAUGCCUUAUCCAGUUUCUCUGUUCUUGUUAACGCUUUUGUAAUUGCCUUCACGUCUGAUUUCAUCGCAAAGAUGGUUUACAAGUAUAGCUAUAGUGACGAUGGCUCUCUUGAUGGAUAUCUGAACAACAGUCUCUCUUAUUUCGACACCUCUCUCUGGACAAAUUCAUCCAGACCUCAAGAGCGGUAUGCGACUGGUAGCAUUAAAGUGCCUCCUUCAACCUGCAGAUACAUUGGCUAUCGAGAAACAGAAGCAGGCGAACCGUACACUAAACAACACUGGCAAAUCAUGGCUGGUCGUUUUGCAUUCAUUUUCAUCUUCCAGUUCAGUAUGUCCUUCCUCAAGAAAUUCAUAGCAUGGGCCAUUCCAGAUAUGCCCAGCACUCUGGUGCUAAAGAAGAAGAGGGAAGAGCUUAUCGCUGAAACGAAACUUCAUCAACAUAACGAUAAACGUGGCAAGACCUACUUAUAAUUUCUAGUUAUGGCUGACAUAAAUUAGACCUUUUACCGCGUUUUCAAAUAUACCUGGUUUUCAUUUUGCCGUAAAUGUUGUCUUAAAUGAAAUCGUAUUUUGCAAUGUAAAACAAUGGACUGAAAAAUGUUUUACAAAUCAGUUUAAGAUAUAUUAUAACGCUCCAAUGCAGAACUGAGAUUGAAAUGUUGACAACAGAGACACGCCAGGCGGCUUUAUGAAAAUCAGGUUUUAGGGUGUGUAAGUGUGUAAACGUACAAUAAUAAGUCAUUUCUGAGGCAUUUUCUUUGCAAACAGGGUUAGAUGUGCUCAAUGACUAGAGAUAAAAGACAUCAUUGUAAAAUGUCAUAUACAUAUAUUACUAUAGGAUAUAUUUACAAGCCAUACCAGUUAAAUCACUGCAUCCAAAUACUCGUAUCCCAAAUAUUUGAAAUAGGACAAGCCUCUUAGAAGCAUUCAGACUUCGGGAAUUGGGAAUUGGGAUAGGUCCUAAAUACCCGGCCAGCAUCUCAGUGAGCUGUAAUUUUACCUUUUAGCCUUUCAAUUUUUUCUCAUGAGUGGUUUUAGGAUGAAAGGUUAAAGGAUUCGAUCUGGAUAUGGCUUGACCAUUUGAUAAAUCAUAGCAUUCAUUGUGCAUGAAGAUGCAUGAAUAUUAGCACUUGGUUAAAUUCUUGCACUCGCGUGUUCUUCUCGUUUUCAACAUUUUGUACGUGUUGUGUAGCCUUAUGCCUUCAGAUACUAACAUAAUGCUCUUAAUUUCUAAUCAUUAGCGGGUUAAUUACCUAGAAAUUAGCACUUAUAGCUUACAUUCGUGAAAUACUAUAUUAAUUAGAAAGGUAAUGAAAUCAAUAAAUUUUUGCAACACAUU